CUCCAACUCCUUCCAGUUUCAUUCAUCUCGAUCCAACUCCAUCCACUUUCAUCCAUCUCAGUUCAACUUCAUUCAAGUCCAUACAAGUCCAUCCCACUCCUUCCGUCCAUACAAGUCCAUCCCACUCCUUCCAGUUUCAUUCAUCUUGAUCCAACUCAGUUCGGCUCCAUCUAUUCUGUUCCAUCCAACUCUAUCCAUCUCGGUUCAACUUCAUUUAACCAUCGCCAAACUCGAUUCAAGUUCCUCCAACUCCUUCCAGUUUCAUUCAUCUCGAUCCAACUCUAUCCACUUUCAUCCAUCUCGGUUCAACUUCAUUCAAGUCCAUACAAGUCCAUCCCACUCCUUCCAGUUUCAUUCAUCUUGAUCCAACUCAGUUCAGCUCCAUCUAUUCUGUUCCAUCCAACUCUAUCCAUCUCGGUUCAACUUCAUUUAACCAUCGCCAAACUCGAUUCAAGUUCCUCCAACUCCUUCCAGUUUCAUUCAUCUCGAUCCAACUCUAUCCACUUUCAUCCAUCUCGGUUCAACUUCAUUCAAGUCCAUACAAGUCCAUCCCACUCCUUGUCAUAA